AUUUCAAUCUCAAAAUGAAUUUCUUUCUGCACUCUCUCCUCUCACCGACGGCGAUGAGGCUUCCAUCGUCCGUCCAUCAUCGACUUUGCCGCCGCUCUUUGACCUUGUCGACCACUCGAUUCCAGUUCCAAUUCCGAUUUUGAGGUCUCCAUUUCUGCCUUAUCUCACCGCAACCAGUGCUCGCCGCCUCUCUUCUCCUUCUCUUCGAUCGGUAAGCUCUGUUCAAUUAGUUGUCUUUUUUUCUUUUGGUUUCUUGUUUUUGUAGUGCAUUUUGCGUUCUUGAGUUCAAAUUGACUGUGUAACAUAUGAUAUUUCAUUGUCCUUUUCCAUUUUGCUGGGUUCUUGACUUCUUCCACAGAUUGAUUGUGUAAUGUAUGUAGUAUGAGCCAGCCCCCCUUUUUUUUGGUUUCUUGUUUCUGUAGUGCAUUUUGCGUUCUUGAGUUCAGAUUGACUGUGUAACGUAUGAUAUUUCUGUUUCGGCAGCUUUGCAGUCCAACACUGUUGAAGUCCUCAGCUGCUUCUACACCUGAAAAUCCCGAGCCUCCCAUUGAUCCACUUGGCAUUGGUCACGUGGGUAUGCUUGUAUUCAUGCUCCCUCAGCUUGGGCUAACAGGUGGUAACCUAGGCCCGUUAUGCAUAGCCCCCCAUGAGCCAACGUUGUUGGGCCGUAGCCCGGUACUGUUUGGGUGUUGGGCUGGGCCUAUUCCAAACGGGUUUGACAGCUUACAGCCGACCUCGACGAGGGCCGAGCUGAAAAGUAGAACAAGAAGAGGCGAGCUCGCAAGCCUGAAAACGUGUGGGCGAGCUGGUAUUCAUAGCCACAUUAGUGUGGCACCACAUCUGGGUUUUGAAGAACAAAGUAUAAGGUCACCACUUUGCACAGCAUCCACCAUCGUUCAAAAGGUAAAAAUGGAUUUCUCUAGAGAACUGAGAGAGCUACGGGGUAACCAGAGUAGGGAAGAAGAAGAGGUGGUGAUUGCCGCGGAACCCAUCGCGAUGAUAGUACCACCGGAGUUGCAGGAUUUGCCGGAGAUCUUAACGUCAGAGAGCAGCGCCAGUUCAAACGCCGGAGAUAAUGGCGACGGCCACCGCGAUUCACCGUCUAGCAGCUCGUCCCCUGGGAAUCAUGAGCCAGAAUCGGAGAACGUGGGUGGUAUCGAACAGGGUCUGCCCGUGGCUGGGGAAUGGGAGGAUAGGGUACUCCCGGGCAGACUGAGCAACAUACGCAAAGCUCCCAAGGAUCUGCCAGCCGGGUUUAAAUUCAGGGCGGCGCUUCAUCACGAAGUAGCGGACUGCGCGCCCUCAAUAAGUGGGUACAGAAGGCUGGAGGAGAUGAUACAGGAGUACCACAUCCCGAGGACUAUAUUGGUGCAAACUGGCGGGCAGAACGAGAGGGCUUGCUCGGUGUCGCGGACGGGCUGGAUACCCGUAUAUGCAGAUCAUUUUGACGCUGGUCUGCGAUUUCCACUGCCGGGGCUGGUGUUCGACCUGCUGGCCGACUACGAGCUGGCUCUGACGCAGCUAACGCCCAACAGCAUAAGGUUCAUCGUGGGCUUUAUGCUGUUGUGUGCAAGACUGGAGGUACCGGCCAAGGCGAUAGUGUUCAGGUCGUUGUUCCAGUGCCGGCUGUGUCCAAACUCAGGAGGGGCGAGAUGGUACUACCUCUCUAGGAGGGAUAAGAGCCAGCUCUUCAAGAACGUGAGGAAUAAAGUGGCGCGGUGGAAAAGGCAGUUCAUUUUCGUUCGCGACACGCGAACAGAGAGGGUCAGCAACGACCUCGCUGCCCGUCUGUCGGACUGGCGUACACCAAAUGCGCAUGUAAAUUAUCCCCAGCUGCUGCCACGGGACACAGACCUCAAAAACCGACUGCUAGAGCACGCGAGGCGCGAAAAUUUAGUAGAUCUAGAAGCGCUGGUUACCCCGGAGCUGCUCGCCGUGUUUGGAAUUUGAUAUAUGUAAGGUUAAUAGGGGAAGUUGUUAAAUAAAUUCAAUAUAGGAAA